CGGCGCUGUCAGCUGGAGCGUCUCCAUCAGGGCCAGGCUGCGGCUGGAACUCCUCCAAACAUGGAGCUCAACACAUAACAGCGACUCUUCACCGACGUCUCCGCUGCCUGCGGCUGCCGGGAAGGUAGCUGUUGCCUGGUCGCCACCUGAACCAUCGCUGCAGGAGGAGGAGAAGGAGGAGGACUGGACCCAGCUUCAGGAUGACGGUGGAACAGAGGAAUCGGAGCAGCGGCGGCGGCACCAGCAGCCAGUCGCAGCACGGCGAGGGUGGCCAGGCCGAGGGGGGCUCUGGAGUAGCUCUGAAACAACAGAUUGGUCUAAUCAGUGCCUGUGGCAUCAUAGUGGGCAACAUCAUCGGGUCUGGGAUAUUUGUGAGUCCUAAGGGCGUCCUGGAGAACGCCAGCUCCGUGGGCGUGGCCAUCUUCGUGUGGAUCAGUACUGGACUCAUCACGGCCGUUGGCGCCCUCUGCUACGCGGAGUUGGGCGUGACCAUCCCGAAGUCGGGGGGAGACUACUCCUACGUCAAGGACAUCUUUGGUGGACUGGCCGGGUUUCUGCGUUUGUGGACCGUGGUGUUGGUCAUCUACCCGACGAAUCAGGCCGUGGUCGCCCUCACCUUCUCGAACUACAUCCUGCAGCCCCUCUUUGAAUCCUGCCAGCCGCCGGAGACGGCGCUGCGACUGCUGGCUGCCAUCUGCCUGUUGCUGCUGACGUGGGUGAACUGCUACAAUGUGCGCUGGGCUACAUGUGUCCAAGAUGUCUUCACCGCAGGGAAGCUUCUGGCUCUGGGCCUCAUCAUAACCAUGGGCAUAGUCCAGAUAUGCAAAGGUCACUACUACUGGCUGGAGCCGGCACACGCCUUCGAGACGUUCCGUGACUACGAUGCUGGUUUGAUCGCUCUCUCCUUCCUGCAAGGCUCCUUUGCAUACGGAGGCUGGAAUUUCCUCAACUACGUUACGGAGGAGCUGGUCGACCCGUUCAGGAAUCUACCACUUGCGAUCUCCAUCUCAAUCCCAGUGGUCACCUUUGUUUACGUGUUUGCCAAUGUGGCCUACGUCACGGCCAUGAGCCCCCAGGAGCUGCUGGACUCCAACGCCGUGGCAGUGACAUUUGGAGAGAAGCUUCUGGGAGUGGCGUCGUGGAUCAUGCCCAUCUCUGUGGCUCUCUCCACCUUCGGGGCAGUCAAUGGCUCCCUCUUCACAUCAUCGCGGCUGUUUUUCGCCGGUGCGAGGGAAGGCCAUCUACCACGCUUGUUUGCCAUGAUUCAUGUUGAGCGCUGCACUCCCAUCCCGGCCUUACUGUUUACUUUGAUCACCACUAUGCUGAUGUUGUGCACCAGUGACAUUUACACCCUCAUAAACUAUGUGGGCUUCAUCAACUACCUCUUCUACGGCGUCACCGUCGCUGGACAGAUUGUGCUGCGUGUACAGAAGCCCGACAUGCCACGACCAAUCAAGGUGAGCCUGGUUUGGCCUGUGAUCUACCUGCUCUUUUGGGCCUUCCUGCUGGUCUUUUCUCUCUACUCGGAGCCCCUCGUCUGUGGCAUUGGCCUGGCCAUCAUGAUGACCGGUGUCCCUGUGUAUUAUCUUGGCGUUCACUGGAAAGACAAGCCAAAGUAUUUUAACACUGCCCUGGAUAAAAUGACACAUUUGUGCCAAAAGCUGUGUCUGGUGGUCUACCCUUCCAUGGAGGAGAGUUCAGAGCCACAGCAGCCCGAUGAGCGAGCAUCUGAAGGGGACACGGGAAAAAACGCAUGAAUCUGCAGUUGGUCCAUUUUCCCACAUAUGGCCGAAAGGCGGCGAAGAAAAGGCUUCUGGAAAGAGUUACAGAGUGACUGGAUGUAAAUGAUUGUCCUAAAUGUUUUGUCGCACUGGGAUCUGAUGGGCCUUAAUCCGAAACACAUUUAUACUGCAGUAACAUUUUUUUUUCUUUGAGUUCACCUGCUGUUUUUUUUUUUCUUUCUUUUUUGUAGAAUACUCACUCUGGUAAGGUUUUGAAAAUGUAUGUAAAUUUGAUUUCAUUUGUUCACACCAUCCCCUUGCUGUAAGAUUCAGUGAGAUCUUAGAUUUUUCACAUUAGGAAUGUAUGUAUUUCAGGUAAAGUAAGUAAUAAAAAAAAAAUCCACCUUUAU